AUGCCUGCACCGAGCAAGCGUCGGAUCUACGCCAGUCGAGCUCGGGAUGUCAUACAAGGGCAAGGGGUCUUUGUGAGCUGCGCACGAGGAAAAGAGCGGAUCGCUGGACCUGAAGCGCUCGAGAUACUCGACGAAUCUGCUCGUCGGUUGGGCUACGAUCCAUCUCAAGAUCCUCGGCUUGUGCAAGUCGACGACACACCGGAUGAGCAAGAUGACGACAGGGAUGACGACGAUGUAGAGGCGCAGAUCAAGCGAGAGCUAGCCGAACUCCAUCAGAACAAGUCAAGUGGACCCCCUCAGCCUUCUAGAAGCGGACAGCGACCGCCAAGAUGGCUCAGGAUCGUCUAUACGGACACACAAUGCAUACUGUUUAUCAAGAUUCCGAUCUUCAUCGAUGCUGUCCUCGUCGUCGAGAGCGCUCUGAAGCAUCUUGCAUCCACAGGCGAGAUCAGAUCGAGAUGUGUCCAGAGACUGACACCGAUCACUUUCACGUGCGUCUCAGCAGAUCUUGAUGCCAUUGACCGAACCUGCCGGCUCGUCAUCGGCAAAGCUUGGGACCCUUCACGCACACCUGGAUUCAUCACAUGGCGCAUUGAACAGAGAGUGCGGGAUCACACCGCGCCCCUGAACAGGGACGUCAUCACGCAGAGGGUGGGCGCAAUUGCGCAAGACAUCUUGGCCGUCCCCGAGCAAAAUGGCCAAGCGGCCAGCUCCCGAGGCAAGGUCAACAUUGGCUCGUCAAGCCAUAUCAUCUCCAUCGAUGUCUACCGCAACGUCUUUGGCAUCAGCGUAAUUGACGGAACGCUCUGGGAUGGUGCGGGCAAGCGGUUCAACGUGGAGCAGAUCUCAGCAGCGACUGUAGCAGCACAGGCCGAUGUGCAGAUGCAACAGUAA